AUGGCUUUUCGUUUUGUUCGGGUUUUUUCCUCACGACGAACUCUUACGACUUUUCAAAAUUCUAGGGUAGUUCCAGUUACUUAUAAAGAACAUAAAAAUACUAUCCCUGUUCUUUCUCGUGCAUAUGCUACUCCGAUACCACCACCACCACCUAAAAGUAAUAGUAGUAAUAAAAUUUUAUAUUUAAUUGGAGCCGCAGCUCUUAUCGGAGGAGGUGGAAGUUAUUAUCUUUAUACCAAUAAUCUUAUUAAAGAUAUUGGAAUAUCUGGAAAUAAAGUUUCUGACAAACUCAAAGUUAUAGAUUAUGCAAAGAUUUAUCGUCAAAUUGCUGAUAUUCUUGAAGAUAAUGAUUAUGAUGAUGGAUCAUAUGGACCAAUAUUACUUCGUUUGGCAUGGCAUGCUUCUGGAACUUAUGAUAAAAACACCAAUACUGGAGGUAGCGAUGGUUCUACGAUGAGAUUUUCACCAGAAUCUGAUCAUGGAGCGAAUGCUGGAUUAAAAUUAGCAAGGGAUAAAUUGGAAAUUAUAAAAUUGGCUAAUCCUGAAAUAACAUAUGCAGACUUGUGGAGUUUAGGACCAAUAAUUCCAUGGAUCCCAGGACGUAAAGACGCUGAUGAUGGAACGAAAUGUACUGCUGAUGGCCUUCUCCCUGAUGCUUCCAAAUCUUCAAACCAUCUUCGUGAAAUCUUUAAUCGCAUGGGAUUUGAUGAUCGAGAAAUUGUUGCUCUUGCAGGAGCUCAUGCUCUUGGCAGAUGUCACCCAGAUAGAUCAGGAUAUUCUGGUCCUUGGACUACUUCACCCACUUUAUUUACUAAUGGUUAUUACGUUGAACUUUUGAAAAAGAAAUGGCAAGAAAAAAAAUGGAAAGGACCAAAACAAUAUGUUGAUAAGGAAACAGGUGAACUUAUGAUGCUUCCGGCAGAUUUAGCAUUGAUUCAGGAUAAAAAAUUAAAACCUUAUGUCGAAGAGUAUGCAAAAGAUGAAGAAUUAUUUUUCAAAGAUUUUUCAGCAGCAUUCCAUAAACUUCAGGAACUUGGUUUAACAAGAACUGGAGAAGAAACUGUAUAUCACUUUAAAAGAACUAGUGAUGAAGAAGAAGAUAAAAAAUAA